UCCAUCAUCACUUUGCUAUGUGGUAAAAGGCGAGAUGGCAAGCCAUGCAUAAAUGAGGGAGAUCUUGAAGAAUAUGGGACGGAAGGCUUCAAGGCAUUUAUAAGUCAUAUAUGCAGCAUUACGCAUGUUAAAUUGGCCAUUGAGGAUGGUGUCAUUGAUCUUGACCCUCGGCUAAGUCACAUUGUGCACCGAAAAUUGAAGCAAGCACUCAAAGAUAUUUUGUGGCAGGGUAGAGAAACCAUGAUCAAUUGGUUUGAUUACGUCCCGUCUGAGAUCAGUGGGAAAAUUAAACCUCUUUCUUCUGUUAUUUCUAAAGAUAGUGGUAACCUAUCUUCCAUGGAGAAAGUAUUGGAAGACCACUCGUCCCAGUCGUUUGUCACCACUAGAUUUCAUAUGCGAUUCACGAAAGAUGAGAAGAUAUACACAGUCCAGUUGAACGAGCCCGCGGUUUAUUUGUCGUUGUAUACAGAUGAAUGUGUGUAUUCCAAACUUGGCAAAGAAAUAUGUUUGGUCAUCGAUAUUGCACUUGCAAAAGGUGGACCUGAAGCAAUCGUCGAGUCAUUCUACUCCCUGAUGAAGUGCCACAAGAAAGCUGGUGGUCAAAAUAAUGAAAACCUUUCCUUACAAACAAAGUUAGACUGGAGCUUGCCCGGACCGUUGGAAGCUGAUCGCAUGGUUAAGGAAGUUGCCCCACUUUAUCUUGACGGAAACAAGAAGAAAGGCCUAAAACCUCAUUGGUUACCUGUUAUCGGGGACAAAUGUAACUAUAAGGCAAGCAAAGUUAUUGACAUAAUUGAAAAUGCUGAUACUAAGUUGCCAUAUGUUUUGUAG